AGGCCCUGCGCGUGCGUCUGGCUGCAGCAGAGGCGCGGCUGGCUGCCACGCAUCAUCAGGAGGAGCUGAGAGAGAUGGAGGCCCUCACUGGCUCAGGCUCGGACGUGUCCAGGCCGGCGACGGCUCGAACGCCGCGGAACUCCCCCAUCGCCACGGAUGAGGCGAAGUGCUGGGAAGCGGAGGACCUGCCCAAGAACUUCUCUCUCUCCGCCGAGCUGUGGCGGUUGCGGGAAGCCUUGGCCCGGGCCGGCAAGGACCAGCCCACCAAAGUCUCGGAGCUGGAGGUGCAGAGGCUCCGAGAAGCGCUGGUGCGGUCCCAUGCCAAGCUGCAGCGCUACGAGGCGGAUCAAGAGGCCCACACAGAGCCAGACACCGCGAGGACGACAGUGGCGCCACAGGAGCAUAGGUCCAUGUCCAUGUACUUCACCAACUUCACGCCCACCAAGCCGGACAACUCCACCCAGCGAGGGAGCGGCGUGGCGGUGCCGGUCGCGCAAAGCGUGAUGAGCCCGGCGCCCAAAACCCGCAGCAGCGUGUCGCCGCCGCCGGGGCGCGUCAGCGUGUCGCCACUCAGGAUCAUGCGCUCGGACAUCUCCUCGUCGCCACCAGCGCGGCCGGUGGCGCUGUCGCCACAGCCAUGGAGGGCGCGGGGCCGGCUGACAGACGGAGCGCUGGUCAGCCCAGCGGUUUCCCAGGCGGUGUCACCACCCAGGCCGGAGAGGCUCUGGGCGGCGAGGGUGCAGCCUUCGGCGACUCCGCAAGCGCCGCUGCCAGGGAUGCUGGCGGCUGCAGCUAUGGCGGCCACCGCGGUAGCCGCGGCCAGCGCCGCCAGCGCCACGGCGCCGGUGGCGAACACGACGCUGACGCCGAAGGUCUACAAGCACAACCCGGUGCCGGCCGGCCGCGCUCAGGUGGCAUCCAGAGUCACCCUGCGGGAAGCGCAGUGGACGACUCCCAGGGCCGGCACUCCAGCCAGCACGGUGCUGAGGGUGGCGCCUCCGGCAUUGGCGGCCGCCACCGCCCGGCGCGUGCCCGUGUCGCCGCAACAGGUGACGCGGCCCGGUUCCCUCUCCGCGCCCCCAGUGCUGCUGCUAUCGGACGCCUUGUCGCCGCAGCGGCCCCGCGUAGCGCCGGUGACACCGAUUUCUUCCAAGGAACUACGCAUGCUCAAGUGAGCCGAAUUUGUUCGGAUGCCGACUGGAGCUCUCUCAGUUGAGCGGGCACCUUGGGUA